AUGAGCUUCUUAAUUAUUAUAGGCGGAAUACUUACCGUCACCCUCAUCCCACUAUUGGCGAGAAGAUUUCUCUAUCCGCACCCUCUACCCGGGAUACCAUACGACAAGGAUGCGGUCAAGAGGAUUACAGGAGACUCCCCGAGAAUUUCAGCUACGUAUAAGGAGCUGACAGAGUGGCUUUACCCCAUAGUUCGCCGCCAGUCGCUUCAGCUUCAAUCACCGGUUUCCCAGCUCUUCAUGAACCCAUUUUCCAAGCCUCUCGUUAUAGUCGAUGAUCCACGAGAGUUGGCUGAUUUGAUUCGAAGGAGAACGAAGGAAUUCGAUAGAGAUAUAACUGAAGGAGUUUUCGGAACAUUGGUCCCAUAUUCUACUAUUGCGCAAGCAACAACUCCCGAAUGGAAGAAACAGAGAAGAAUCUGGCAUGAUACCAUGCAUCCCAACUUUCUCCAUCGCGUAGUCGCAAAGAAUACUUAUAGCGCCGUCAAGGACCUAAUAAAGCUCUGGGAUAUGCGGUGUGCACAUUCAGAUGAUCAGCCAAUUGAUGUUCGGAUGGAUUUCUCCUUUGCGACACUUGACACCCUUUGGGUAGCGACGUUCGGGGAAUCGCUUGACUUAGUCGACUCCCAGAUCCAGAUGCUCAAAACGGGGAAACAAGUUGAGACAAAAGGUUCAUAUGCACAUACCACGGCUCAAUACAUCAAUGAGUUUGGCGAAACACUAACAGGAUUCUGGCCAGCAUUGACUCGAUGGUGGAUUCAAAGAAGUUCCAAGUAUCGUAAGUAUAUGGCGGAUAAAGACCGAGAGCUCGGCCGAAUCCUUUUCGACGCCUUUUCACGUUUUAAAAUAGCACAUAAUGGCUCGAGGGAUAGCGAGGAACACGAUACGUGUGCUAUGGAUCUUGUAAUUAGGAGAAGCAUAUAUGACGCCCAAAAGGCUGGGAAACCCAUUCCAGAUCCGACUAAAGACGCGAAGAUGAAGGACGAGCUCUUGCUGUUCAUAUAUGCUGGUCAUGACACCACAAGUACAACAUUACAAUGGUUCGUAAAGCACAUAACCAACAACGAAGGAGCGCAAGCGAAGCUUCGGGAAGCAUUAAGAAUAGCUUUCCCUGGUGAUUCACUACCAAGCAUCACAGACCUCCUCGCCAAGAACAUACCGUAUCUAGACGCAGUAAUCGAGGAAAGCCUUCGGUGCGGGGCCACUGCACCUCGAGUUAUGCGUAUUGCAACAGUGGAUACCGAGAUCUUCGGCCAUAGAAUACCCGCUGGUACAAGAGUCUGGGGUCUCACAUCAGCGAACUGGCAUCCGAUACCCGUACCUGAAGAGAGACGUAGUUUAUCAAGUCAGGCUGCGCUCGAAAAGAGCGGCGGGGUAGAUUGGACACAGACCCCUAGUGCUCAAGAUUUCGAUAAAUAUAUCCCAGAGCGAUGGCUUAAGAUAAACAAGGACGGGAAGGAAAUCUUUGAUCCAACUGCUGUCAUUCAUAACCCUUUCGGGGGCGGAGUUAGAGGUUGCUUUGGGAAACGCUUAGCCAUGAUGGAGAUACGUAUCAUGGUUGUGUCGAUUGUGAUGAGCUUCAAGUUUCUACCCGUACCUCCAGAGUUCAACAGUUUCCAGGUCACUCAGAAGUUGCUUCGAUCGCCUCGACAGUGUUUCGUGAAGCUUAAGACUGUAUGA